UGCUGCAUGGGAGAGACAGCGGGGGGACCUUGGCACGGAGUUGGACCAAACUCUAAAUAUAGCCCAACCCACUUUCCGUGUAGUUCUCUUCAUACUCUGAAGGCAGAUGACCUUGUCAGAAAACUGACCUCACAGCAUGUCACCCUCUGCACAGAGAGGAUCUAAAGGAGCGGGACUGCAAUGUAAGAGGACAGAAAAGCAAUCAACCAUCUGCUUGCAGCACAUGAAUGUAGAUCCUUCAGAUGAUGAAACAAUUGAGAAACCAAGUGAUAAGACAGCAAUACAUCAAGAUCCAGAUUCCAAACCUGCUGUGAAAAAGAAAAGAAAACAGCCUACAGAGUGUUUUCUUAGUCAGCCCGAAGAAAAACAACAAGAGAGCGCUGUAAAAGCAAAGAAGAGAAAGAAGAAGAAAAUAUCUGAUGUUCUGGAAAAAUCCUCUCCGAAACCUGGUGUCCCUGAGGAUCUACAGAAUCUGCUUAGUCAACAUUUUGGUGCAAGACGUUCAGUGAUUGAAAUAGAGGAAUUAACACUGUCAGAUUCCUGCUUCUUGCCAGCCAAUGAUCUCACCCACAGUUUUUCUUCAUACCUGAAAGAGAUCUGUCCUAAGUGGGCAAAACUCCGUAAAAACCACAAGGAGAAGAAGUCAGUGGUGAUGCUGGUUAUCUGCAGUUCUGCCCUUCGUUCCUUGGAACUCAUCAAGUCAAUGACAGCAUUUAAAGGAGACUGCAGGGUUCUGAAACUGUUUGCAAAGCACAUAAAGAUAAAAGAACAGAUUAAUAUGCUGGAGAAAGGUGUGUUCCACAUUGGGGUUGGAACUCCUGGGAGGAUAAAAGCGCUGGUGGAGCAAGAUGGCCUGUGCUUGAACUCCACAAAAUAUAUGAUUCUGGAUUGGAACUGGAGAGAUCAGAAACUAAGGAGAAUGAUGGAUAUCCCUGAGAUAAAGAAAGAAACAAUUGACCUACUGGAGAUGAGUAUUAUAAAGCUAUGCAGAGAAGGGUCUGUGAAGCUGGGACUCUUUUAAUGGUUUUACCUACAAGGACGUUGUUUACAGCUGCUUUUUACUUCUGUCUGCAACUGGCAAGUGAUUAACAGUGAUUGCAUUAGGAAUAUUAACUUUUCUGAGGUCAAACAAUACAGAAAGAUUGCAUGGUGUAACUUUUUCUGAUGUUCCUUUUCUUUUAAUAAUAAAAACAGAAGUUUUAUUUGUGA